AUGGCCACUAAUAAAGACCCGACUGGACCUGAAUACCCAGAGAGCACAAUUGAAAAGGACAAUGGAAAAGACAAUGGAAAAGACAAUGGAAAAGACAAUGGAAAAGACAAUGGAAAAGACAAUGGAAAGGAUAAUGGACAGGACAAUAGUAAGAGCUCUAAGCAGUCGGAGCCAGCAGGACAAAUAUUUGGAAGUAAGAAUUAUAUCACCUCUACGUUUUCUAUUGCAGACCAAGAUUCAAUACCAAACUUAUGGCCAGAUUUUGAUGGCGAAUAUUGCCCAAAUCAAGAUACACUACAAAAAGAUGAUGUAUUGGCAGAAGCCCUGAUAAACGAUUCAAAUGUGUUACCAAACAACAUUCAACGUUGUCAGUGA